GCAAACUCCUCCUCUACGGACGGGCUUGCGCUUUUCUUCCACUUGAACAACCAAGUAGUUUUCAGAGCGCAUUCCCCGGCAGCAAUGUGGAGGGAAAGGGCGAGCACGUCCAGCUGAACCUUUUGUUUUUUUAUACUUUUACACGUCUUUUGUUAUUUCUCUUUUUCUAGUUAUGAACUUUGUUUACGUUGGGGGCCCACAUAACAAAUUGUCGGUUCUCGGGGAAAGCAAGCGAGUCCGAAGUGGAGAAAACUGCAGCCCGUGUCGUUGUUGUUUUUUUCCCCUUUUCUUUCCUCAUUUUUUUCUUCUUUUUAAAAAAAAACUUGAGCAGUUGUUCUCUUACGCAUGGAUAUUAGGAGAUGAAAUCGGACGUGUUGCUCGUUCUUGAAUAACCUCGCUGUCGCGCGUGCUGUAGUUUAUGUGGUCUCCGGACUCUUGUAGGAGGAAAGAAAGUCCCAUUCCUCAGCGGCACAAAAAGUAGAGACACGCAGGGACCGUAAGUUGUCCACAACCUGCGAAGGAGACGAAACUUUGCCAAGUUUGCGGCGCAUCCGGCCACCGACGCCAAGCUUUCAUCGAUUUUUUCUGUCGCUGUUGCAAACUUUUAAUUGUGGAUUAUUAACUCAAGGCUCGACAUGGCGCACGGGAUCAAGUUCAGAGGAUGAAAAAGGAGUUUUAAAAUAUGAACAUUUUCUUGUAGUUUACUGCUCCAGUGGUUCGCUUGGACUACGCUGAUCAGAUAAAGAAAGAAAAAAAAGAAGAAAAGGUCAAUUGUUGCGUUUGUUUUUCGUCCUCCUUGAUACUCUCCACUCGUCUGCGAAAAUGCCACAGUUAAACGGAGGUGGUGGGGACGAUUUGGGGGCCAACGAUGAAAUGAUAUCGUUUAAAGACGAAGGGGAGCAGGAGGAAAAGAUCUCCGAAAAUGUGUCAGCGGAAAGGGAUUUGGAUGAUGUGAAAUCCUCCUUAGUGAACGAGUCGGAAAACAAUAGCAGCUCAUCAGACUCGGAGCAAGCAGAGAGGCGCCCCCAAACCAGACCCGACUCAGAAAGUUAUGAGAAAACAAGAGACUACUUCAGCGAAGCACUGAGAAGACAGCAAGAUGGUGGCUUUUUUAAGAGUCCACACUAUCCUGGCUACCCGUUUCUCAUGAUCCCAGACCUCACCAAUCCAUACCUUUCUAAUGGUUCGCUGUCUCCCAGUGCAAGAACAUACUUGCAGAUGAAAUGGCCACUUCUAGAUGUCCCCGGAUCUGCAGGACUAAAGGAUUCUCGCUCUCCGACACCUGGCCAUUUAUCCAAUAAAGUCCCAGUGGUACAGCAUGCUCACCAUGUCCACCCGCUGACGCCCCUCAUCACCUACAGCAAUGAACACUUCUCCCCUGGCACGCCGCCAUCGCACCUCUCCCCAGAGAUCCUUGACCCAAAGACAGGUAUUCCUCGGACACCUCACCCAUCAGAACUGUCUCCAUACUACCCCCUGUCUCCUGGUGCAGUCGGUUCCAUUGCACACCCUCUCAGCUGGCUCAUGCCACAGCAGGGCCAGCACAUGUACUCCAUCCCUCCGGGGGGAUUCCGUCACCCCUAUCCAGCGCUAGCAAUGAAUCCAUCCAUGUCCAGCUUGGUGUCCAGCCGUUUCUCCCCUCACAUGGUCACUCCACCUCCGCACAGCCUCCACCAGACCGGCAUUCCUCAUCCGGCCAUAGUUUCCCCGGCCAUCAAGCAGGAGCCCAGCGGUGACAUCAGCCCCUCGAUGCACGCCAGAAAGUCCCCCGUUCCUGCCAAGAAAGAAGAGGACAAGAAGCCUCAUAUCAAGAAGCCUCUGAAUGCUUUUAUGCUGUAUAUGAAGGAGAUGAGAGCCAAAGUGGUGGCAGAGUGCACUCUGAAAGAGAGCGCGGCCAUCAACCAGAUCCUUGGAAGACGGUGGCAUUCCCUGUCAAGAGAGGAGCAAGCCAAAUACUAUGAGCUGGCCAGGAAAGAGAGGCAACUUCACUCCCAGCUCUAUCCGGGAUGGUCAGCACGAGAUAACUAUGGAAAGCGGAAAAAGAGGAAGAGAGAGAAUAAACCAGACUCAAAACCAGAGGACUUCUCGAUAAGAAGCAAGAAGCAGUGCGUGCAGUACCUGACCUCGGAGAAGAUGUGCGACAGCCCCGCGUCGUCACACGGAAGCAUGCUGGACUCACCGGCGACUCCCUCCGCAGCCUUGGCCUCCCCCGCCGCCCCCGCUGCCACUCACUCUGAACAGGCCCAGCCGCUAUCGCUCACCACCAAACCGGAGGGGCGCAUGCAACACCACUUCUCGAUACCCGGGAAAGCUUCCGGGUCCACAUCCUCCUCUUCCUCAUCCUCCUCUUCCUCCACCCCUUCCUCUUCCUCCUCCCAACCCACCAUGUCCAUCCCCGUUGGUACUUCAGGUAGCCAGUCAAACACACCCAUCCUCACCCGGCCAAUCCCCUUCACCUCUCUGCACCCCUCCAUGCUGUCUCCCCCUUCGCCCUUCCACCAGGCCCUUCAUUCCCAUCAUGCCCUGUUCCAGUCGCAGCCCCUCUCCUUGGUUACCAAACCGACUGAAUGAAUUCACAAAGGCAAUUUUUCUUUCCUCCCCAUUUAUUGUGCUGUAUAUUGAUUGCUUUUCUUUUAAAAAAAAUAGUUAUUAGAACAACUUUUUUUUCUAAAUAAUGAAAAGGAUGAAAUAUUAUUGGUCAAUAUUUGACCGUCUCCUUUUCUACAUCUCUCAAUGAAAACAAAAAUGUAUUUUUUGUAAAGUUUACUGCAGAACUGGUUUCUUUUUUUUGUUUUGGUUUGUUUUUUUGUUUUUGAUGCAUUUAUCCAAUGAACCUCUUGUAUAAAUGAACCAAUGUACAUAGUUUCUUUUAUAAAAGCAAAAAAGAAACAAAAAACACACUUUUACUUUAGCCAAAACCUGAUUAAUGUUAGUAUGAAGUUUAAGUCUUAGUACUGGCCAAUAAUUGCAACCCCCUUCUCCCCCCCAACCCCUCUUUUUUUUUUUUAAAUUCACGAGUGUGUGCCCCUUCUCUGACAUGUUAAAUAAACAUUUGAA